GGCGCUGCGCAGAGAACCAAUUACAGUCCGUUUCGACGUUUACUCCCUUUUUGGCAUCUGCCCUCAGCCAAAAUGGCGGCAUCUCGGAAGUUGCCGAAGCCCUAGAAAGUGCCGAAGCAGUUCCGGAAGCUGCCGAAGGAGUCCGGAAGUUACCGAAAGAGAGCAGCGGGGAAGAAGGAUGGCGGAUAUCAUCGCAAGGCUCCGGGAGGACGGGAUCCAAAAGCGUGUGAUACAGGAGGGCCGAGGAGAGCUCCCGGACUUUCAGGAUGGAACCAAGGCCACAUUCCACUACCGGACUCUGCACAGUGACAAGGAGGGUGCCGUGCUGGACGACAGCCGGGUGCGUGGCAAGCCCAUGGAGCUCAUCAUUGGCAAGAAGUUCAAGCUGCCUGUGUGGGAGACCAUCGUGUCCACCAUGCGUGAGGGGGAGAUCGCCCAGUUCUGCUGCGACGUCAAGCAUGUGGUCCUGUAUCCGCUGGUCGCCAAGAGUUUACGCAACAUCGCAGCCGGCAAGGACCCUCUGGAGGGCCAGCGGCACUGCUGUGGUAUCGCCCAGAUGCAUGAGCACAGUUCCCUGGGCCAUGCUGACCUGGAUGCUCUGCAGCAGAACCCUCAGCCUCUCAUCUUUGACAUUGAGAUGCUUAAGGUGGAGAACCCCGGCACAUAUCAGCAGGACCCCUGGGCCAUGACAGAUGAGGAGAAGGCAAAGGCAGUGCCAGUCAUCCACCAGGAAGGCAACAGGCUGUACCGUGAGGGCCACGUGAAGGAGGCCGCCGCCAAGUACUACGAUGCCAUUGCCUGCCUCAAGAACCUGCAGAUGAAGGAGCAGCCCGGGUCCCCUGACUGGAUCCAGCUGGAUCAGCAGAUCACCCCGCUGCUGCUCAACUAUUGUCAGUGCAAGCUGGUGGCCCAGGAGUAUUAUGAAGUGCUGGACCACUGCUCCUCCAUCCUCAACAAACAAUGUCAAGGCCUACUUCAAGCGGGGCAAGGCACACGCGGCCGUGUGGAAUGCACAGGAGGCCCAGGCUGACUUUGCCAAGGUGCUGGAGCUGGACCCUGCCCUGGCGCCCAUCGUGAGCCGUGAGCUGCGAGCCCUGGAGGCACGGAUCCGGCAGAAGGAUGAAGAGGACAAGGCUCGCUUCCGGGGCAUCUUCUCCCAUUGAUAGGGCCCUGCCGGCCCUGCCCACCCUGCCUAGCCCACUGCUGCUCCCAGCACCCCUGCCCCUGCUGCAUCAUGCUUCUCUGUAUAUAAAGGCCAUAUUUAUCUCUCCCUGG